AUGAAUCUUGGAAAUUAAUAAUUACAUUUAUUUUCACUGAAAGUAUUCAUCUUCCAAGUUUAUUCUGAAAUUUAAAUAAAUUACUUAUGGGUUUCUUUAAAUUUAAAUUUGAAGAUUGAGGCUUUAAUUUUAGAUUUUGAGAUAAAACCAAUUAAUCAUAUUAAGAAAAAAAAAAUUAAAUGUAUCAGAUUCAUAAGUGAGGAAAAAUUUUAAUUAAUCAUGACGUUUACCGCUUGCUACUAUCUCCUAAUGAAUAGUAUGCAGCUAUAAUUUGUAGGAGGUGUGAAGGUAACGAAGAAGGGGGUUAUUUUCUAUUUAGAAUUAUGAUCUAAAAUCUACAAAAGAAUAGCUUUAGGAUUAUGGGCAUGGGUGGAGUAUUAAUAUGAAAAAAGUAUUAAACAUUGUUUUGACUGUUAUUCUAAAUAUUUUUUUGAGGUCUUUCAACAAAUCAUAACAUUAGUUGACCUAUAGAAAAAAACAUAAAAAAACAUUUAUUUAGGAAUGAACCAUUUUUUAGAUAUCGAUGGUGAUGGUUUCAUAUAUGUGCUAGGGCUUGAGGGUGUACAAUGAUAUUCAAUAAACGAUGAAGAAUUCCAAGCAGGCUUUUCGUUUACAAAUAUUGGAGAAUUCCAACAAGGCUUUUCAUUUGAUAAUACUAUAGACUUCAAAAUAGUGUCCAACUUACCGAACUAUGCAGUGACAAUAGAAGUGAUAUAACAAAAAAGGUGGGUAAUUCUGAAUCAUUCAAAAAUAUCAAAAAGAAUAGGAUAAUCCAAACUUAAAGGAUAAGAGAUACACUCCUUAGAGAGCCUAUUUUUCUUUGAAAUUUAUCAAGAAGAUGGAGAUAUGGAUGAAAAUUGGUAUUCUUUAAGUGGUACAUUGGGACAAAUGAGAUCUGGCAAAAUAGUCAGAAAAGUNUUUUCAAGACUUUAUUAUUAUUUUUAUUUCAUAAAGUAAAAAUAAAAAAUAUUUCUAUUUGAUUUGAAAAAAUAGUUGUUGACUUUAAAAUGGCUAGAUACUAGAAUAUUUAAUAAUUAAGCAAUAAAUUAUGGAAAUUAACUUCAUAGAUGGAACUAUUUGAGGAUUCUUUUGCCAUUUGCUGAAUUUAUCCAACCAUAAAUAUAUCUAUUUGACGUUUUCCUAAAUAAAUAGUACUUAAAUAGAUCAAAUUUUGGAUAUAUCGCAAAAGGAAUUUAAAUCUAAAUAACCGAAGCAAAAACAAGAUUAGUUCAUUUAUGGGAUGGGUUUUUAAGUAAAUUAGAAGUAAAAAUAAAUAUCAAAUGUGGAUUAAAUAUAAAAUCAAUGUGCGAUUAAGUGACUUGCAAGAUAGGUUAUUCCUUUGAAUCAUUUAUACGGCUUGAAUAUUAUAUUAAACAAAAAUUUAAUAUCUUUCAAUAGAAUACAUAAUUCUAGUUGAUACAUACCUUCUAAGUUGAUAAAAAUUAAUUUUCGUAACAAUAUCUUGAUACUUUGAUAGAGGCACUAAGUUAUCUCUGGAAGGAGCUAUGAAUCUUGGAAAUUAAUAAUUACAUUUAUUUUCACUGAAAGUAUUCAUCUUCCAAGUUUAUUCUGAAAUUUAAAUAAAUUACUUAUGGGUUUCUUUAAAUUUAAAUUUGAAGAUUGAGGCUUUAAUUUUAGAUUUUGAGAUAAAACCAAUUAAUCAUAUUAAGAAAAAAAAAAUUAAAUGUAUCAGAUUCAUAAGUGAGGAAAAAUUUUAAUUAAUCAUGACGUUUACCGCUUGCUACUAUCUCCUAAUGAAUAGUAUGCAGCUAUAAUUUGUAGGAGGUGUGAAGGUAACGAAGAAGGGGGUUAUUUUCUAUUUAGAAUUAUGAUCUAAAAUCUACAAAAGAAUAGCUUUAGGAUUAUGGGCAUGGGUGGAGUAUUAAUAUGAAAAAAGUAUUAAACAUUGUUUUGACUGUUAUUCUAAAUAUUUUUUUGAGGUCUUUCAACAAAUCAUAACAUUAGUUGACCUAUAGAAAAAAACAUAAAAAAACAUUUAUUUAGGAAUGAACCAUUUUUUAGAUAUCGAUGGUGAUGGUUUCAUAUAUGUGCUAGGGCUUGAGGGUGUACAAUGAUAUUCAAUAAACGAUGAAGAAUUCCAAGCAGGCUUUUCGUUUACAAAUAUUGGAGAAUUCCAACAAGGCUUUUCAUUUGAUAAUACUAUAGACUUCAAAAUAGUGUCCAACUUACCGAACUAUGCAGUGACAAUAGAAGUGAUAUAACAAAAAAGGUGGGUAAUUCUGAAUCAUUCAAAAAUAUCAAAAAGAAUAGGAUAAUCCAAACUUAAAGGAUAAGAGAUACACUCCUUAGAGAACCUAUUUUUCUUUGAAAUUUAUCAAGAAGAUGGAGAUAUGGAUGAAAAUUGGUAUUCUUUAAGUGGUACAUUGGGACAAAUGAGAUCUGGCAAAAUAGUCAGAAAAGUGGUUUUUUCAGAAAUGCGUGACAAAUAAUUUAUUAUAGAUUUAACUCAGUACAAGUAUUUUGAUAUAAUUGAUUAUGACUAAUUAUUCAUAUUUGAUGUAUUGAGAGGUAAGCAAAAGCUAAAACCAGUUUAAUUCGACUAUUUGGGUGUCGUUAGAUUUUCAAAGAAUACUAUCCCGUACGCAAAUGGACGAGAGAUUGAAUUUAUAAGAUUAAAAUGA